AUGUCAGACCGCGCGAUCACUGCUCCGUCGCGGAAAUUGGACGAGUUCGAGGAACUCGUCUUCGAGUAUACAGGCCGGAUGGGUCUGGGGAAUGAAGAGCACUGGGAUGUCGACGCGCGCAACUGUAACCUCCGCUUUGAAUCAGCAAGCCGCGGUCCCCCAGCCACAGUCUCAUUCCUAUUCACCAUCACGCCCGCGCUAAGCAAUAUGAUGGGCAACCUACACGGCGGUUGCGCAGCAACAUUAAUUGACGUCUUGUCGACGACUAUCCUGCUUGGCGUGUCUGAGCCGGGCAAGUUCUCUUUCGGGGGCGUGAGUCGCAAUCUGAAGGUUACUUAUUUGCGGCCUGUGCCGACGGGGACGGAGGCUCGGAUUAUUUGUGAGGUUAUUCAUGUUGGGAAGAGGCUUGCGCUGCUUAGGGCUGAAAUUCAGCGGGCUGAUAGUGGGGAUAUUUGUGUUGUUGGGGAGCAUGAGAAGGCGAAUACUGAUCCUGAGGUUACGCAGAGGAUUUGA